AAGUUGUUUGCGGAAGUGACGCAUUUGAAAUCGCCGUCCAAUCACAGGACAUUCGAGGGAAGUUCAAAUUAUGGAUCUCUGCGAAACCAGCAAUCAAUGGACCAUUUUGAAAUGAUCAGAUCGUGGUUGCAUAUAGUUAGCUAGUUUACUUAAGUGGCUCCAGUUGACAUUCCUCUACAUARCGUAAAAAAUCGAUGGUGAAAAACAUGUUUACUCCGUCAAGACACAACAGAGAAGCAACUUAUUUUCAUGAAGAAGAUCCAGUUGGUAGAGACCGAAUUAUUUUCCCUGCAUUGAAGGCUUUUGGGACAAGCGAGCUGAUAUCCAGGGAACCCGUUGAAAGCCCAGCCAAGGUAUUUGCGAGGAUGAAAGCUAGAGUACAGGCAGAGAUAAUACCGGUUGAGAACGAGAGGACCAAAACGCCUAACCCCGUGAGAGAAAAACAUGUCAGAGAAAAGCGAAUCCAAGAAGAACAUGGUGGAGUAAUGAGCUCGCCUAGAAAACGACAUCAGCAUUGGGUGAACUAUGAACAAAAGGAAACCGASGACCUUGAAUUCACUUAUGAGGCAGAGGCUCUGACCCUUUCACCUUUUCAAUCGCCAAGCAAGGGUWUGACACAUUCACACUUUAUGGUCCACCCACAAGACCUUCAACGACAGUCACCGUUGAAAGACAUGGGUAGUAGUGCGUUCAAGCCAACCAACAUAAAUGCACAAAAGCAAGGCCCAGCUCUGGAUGCUUUCUCAACAAAGUCCCAAAGGAAAGCUUUGUCAUACCCGCACACUCUGCUCAGCUCAAAUGACACCCAACAACCYGCACCCCUCAAAGACUUCAAACGUGCCUCCCAGACAACCAACAUAACUACACCAGUGAAAAGGUUGAAGUCAAUGGAAAAAUUGGAAUUUGGGGCACACAACAUUGUACACGAUGAAUCAGUUUUAAGGUCCGAAGUUGUUUUGGAUAGACUGCCAUGCCUGGAUUCUAGAGCAAAAACGUUUGUUCUUCUGAAAGAGAGAAGACGAAAAAGGGACCAAGAAGACGGCUAUCAAGUGAGCAGCCUGCAGGAUCCCAUGAAAGGAUGUGAGCGCAGCGUGUCGACCCCUGCACAACCCGCCGGGGGCACCGGAGAGGACACCAGUGUGAACGUGACCUGUAGUGUGCCCACUGGUCUAUCAGAGACCAGCAUUCCAUCGAGGCCAGAUGCCGGCCUCAGUCAGUGUGAGGUUUACCGUGACAAGCCUCCCCCCAGGCCCUUCCCAGACCUGGUGCACGACCCCCUCCUGCAGGUCUCACCGAAGAUCUCCAUCCCCAAGAAGCAGGAGGCUGUAUUCCAAGCCAAGCACAUAGCAGAGUCCACUGGAUCCAAUGUUACAGGGAUUCACCUUAGACACUGGCUCCUGAAGAGUAGGAACGACAGGUUUUAUGUGGAUGGUGUCCGUGAGGACAACAAGAUGCCCUGGCACAGCAACCUCAUUGCAAAGCGAAUCUCAACCAAACACCUGAAGACUACUUCUGGCAACAUUUACGUCCUGGUGGGAAAGAUGACCCCGGAUUUCAGCGGAACUG